AUGGUCAACAAACAAAGCGCGAGGAGACAACAGACAUUGUUGAUCAUACAAAUCAGCCAGCUCCAAGCGGUAAUGCCCCAAGCACCUCCAACCCAGCAGCUCCAAGCGCCUGAGUCCCCACUCCCAGAUGCAAGAGGCAAUGAAUUCCUUGAUCUUUUAAUGCAAGCGCCGGAGCUAUCAAAGCAGACUCGCAAAAAUGUUAUAAAAAAUACCAACACUGUCCCCAAGAUCACCAUCAAUGAACCAGAAGAAUGCACCCACAUCUGGGCCAAGGCCAAAGAAGCCCAAGCGUCAGGAGAUGAUAUCUUAUCCAAAUCUCUGCUCAAGGCCUAUGGAGACCUUGCGACACCAGCCAAACCUCCAACUUUGAGGUCAGUCUUGGCACACCCUGUGCUCUUAACAACGCAACCCUUGCGGGUGGCAUCAAAGGAGACCAAAGUUGAAGAUGACUUGAUCUACGUGAUUGGGAUGGUCACAAACCAUCAAGAUAUAGGCUUCACACCCUUCUUCAAUGAGAAAAUCAAGAAUCUCAAGGGGCCCCUCCCCCUUAUCAUCUUUGACAGAGAAUGGCAAAAAGAGGCCCUAGCUGCACACUUGACGACACGGCCGUCCAAGUCCUCCAAAGACAAGGCAUACAGAGGCUUGUCUUUCCACAAUGAGUGGACGCAAACCCACUCAAAAUGA